UGCUCUUCCACCAGUCGGACGCUAGAGAAGCAGAAGCUCCGCAAGAGGAACAUAGACACAAAGACACAGCGAGAUACACAGGUUCGCACGCACACAGAGACGCAGACAGAUACACACUCGAGAGCCAUGGCGUCCCCGUACUUCCCGGCGCGCGCGGUGCUCUUCCAGAAGGAGCCCAGUGGGGUGACGUACCGCGUUCCGGCCCUUGUCUACCUGCCCGGCUCCUCCUGCUUCCUGGCGUUCUGCGAAGAGCGGCUGAGUCCGGCUGACGCCCAGGCCAAUCUCCUGGUGAUGCGCAGGGGCUCCUACCGCCGUGGCCACGUGGAGUGGGAGGCCAUGAAGGUGCUGCCGUCUGCACGGCUCCAGGGUCACAGCGUCGACCAGGGGGACACCUGGAGCACCGUCACCGACCUCACCGAGAACGUCAUUGGGGACACCAUUAAGGAGUGGGCCACCUUUGCCCUCGGACCCGGACACGGCAUCCAGCUCAAGUCCGGCCGGCUGCUGGUGCCAGCGUAUGCCUACCACAUCGACUGCAGGGAGUGCUUCGGGCGCCUCUGCGUCACCACGCCCCACUCCUUUUGCUUCCACAGCGACACACACGGCCGCACCUGGCGCUUCGGGGAGGCGGUGCCGGCACUGGAGAGCGUCGAGUGCCAGAUGGUCUCCGUUGACCAGGAGGAUGGCACCAACGUGCUCUACUGCAACGCGCGCAGCCCCCUUGGCUGUCGGGUCCAGGCGCUCAGCUUGGACGAUGGGGCCGUCUUCCAGGAUGGACAGCUGGUGCAAAAACUGGUGGAGCCACCGCACGGUUGUCACGGCAGCGUGAUUGGCUUCCCAGCGCCCAUCCGCCUGCCCGGCAGGGCUCAGACUGCUCCUGGUACCACCCAGAAAUUCCUCACCCCCACCUGGGUGGUCUACUCCCACCCCACGUGGCCCAACACCCGCAGGGACCUCGGCGUGCACCUGAGCCCCUUCCCCCGUGACCCGGACAGCUGGUCCGAGCCGUGGGUCAUUUACAAAGGCCCCAGCGCCUACUCGGACCUGGCCUGCAUUGAGCCGCCGUCCCCGGGCUCCGCCUUCGGCACCGUCUUCGCCUGCCUCUAUGAGAGCGGCACGAGGACAGCGUACGACGAGAUAUCCUUCAGCACGUUCACGCUCUACGAGCUCCUGGACAACAUCCCCCAGCGCACACCAGCCUCGGGGCGGGAGAGCGCGCCCUGCGGACUCUGCAGCGUCUCCUAG